GAGAGAGAGAGAGAGAGAGAGCAGCGCGUCGGCCCAGCAGUCGUUCGUGAACCGGCCCACCUGCCUGUCGACCCUUCUGCUGCUGCUGUGUUCCUGCUGCUGCUCUGCUUGAACCUGAACCAUGGCUCCCGUGGAGAGGAAAGCCCUGGACCUCACCCCCCUGAGGGAGGCUAAGCUGCCCGUCAUCUUCGUUCUGGGCGGUCCAGGAUGCGGCAAGGGAACGCAGUGCGAGAAGAUCGUCAAGCAGUACGGCUACACCCACCUUUCCUCCGGUGACCUGUUGAGGGACGAGGUCAAAUCGGGGUCAGAGCGCGGCAAGGCCCUCAACGAGAUCAUGGGAAGGGGACCUUUAUUACCUUUGGAGGUCGUGCUUGACCUCAUCGCCGAGGCCAUGCUCCAGAAGGUCUCCGCCUCCAAGGGCUUCCUGAUCGACGGCUACCCGAGGGAACAGGCUCAGGGCGUUCAGUUCGAGCAGUCUAUCCUGCCCUGCACCAAGGUCCUGUACUUCGAGGUUCCCGACGAGGUGAUGGUGGAGCGCCUCCUGAACCGCGCCAAGACCUCCGGCCGCGUCGACGACAACGAGGAGACCAUCAAGAAGCGCCUGGCGACCUUCCACAAGCACUCAGAGCCCGUGAUCCAGCACUACAAGGACAAGUGCGCCACCAUCGUCGCCCUCGGCUCUCCUGACGAGGUGUUCGCCGAGGUGCAGAAGGCCCUCAGCACCAUCCAGUGAGGAGGAGGUCCCGGAAACACACUCCCACUCCUAGCGUCAACCUCCUCCUCCUUCUUCUUCUUCUUCUUCUUCUUCUUCUUCUUCUUCUUCUUCUUCUUCUCCUCCUCCUCCUCCUCCUCCUCCUCCUCCUCCUCCUCCUCCUCCUUCUUCUCCUUCGCCUGGCUCUUGGGUUUCCCCCCUUUUGCGGCUCUCGUCCCCCUCUAUUUGACGUCUCCUCGUGCUCUUUCUCCGUGUCUGUUUCUGUGCUGCUCUUCUCUGGUCUUCCAAAGGCUCCGAACUCCCGAUUAUGUCUUCCUCGACAACCUCCAGAACUAUGCAUUACAAUUAAUUUAAGAGUGACUUCGGAAGAAAGCAAUACAAGUCUACGCAUCUGACCGAACAUUUACUCGAGGGAGCUAAAAUCACUUCCUCUUCGCGACCUGCUACUCUCCCAGCGAGAGAGUAAGUCACGUGGCACACGGAGUUAGCUAGACAUCACGAUUCUGUGUCUUGUCAACCUGCUAGGCAAAUGCUCACCAUGCACUUAAUUCCACAAAUCACGAGUGAAGGGAAAAGCUUCUUGGAUACGCCGACGUACAAGUGUCUCUCACAAGGAGGUUUAUUUUAAUCUAGUUCAGUGAUGGACUGCGCCCUUGUCAGUAGGAACACCGAAAGCCGAAGCGGCCGGCGCCCAUAUUGGGCGGCCGACGUCAGUUCUCUAUUGCUGUUAUCAUCGUCAUCAACUAUCAUGCUUUUUAAGUCAUUGCCAUAUUUUUCUUGGUGGAUAUUGACUUUAUUACACAGGACGAUUCCACUUAUACUUUCGGACUUACGGAAUAAACUGUGACUCUGGACUUGUUGUCUGACGCUGACACCCUUGACAGCCCUCUUGACAUGCAUUUGACGCCGGGAAUUGUAAUGAAAUAAAACUAUCGAGUUCUAUGUUACAAAUUACGAUGUAUGGCCAUGCAAAACCACUGAUUACUGAUUAUAAAUAGUACUUUACUAGACUGGAGGAGGAAUUGCGACUCAAAGGGAAAUUUACAGUGACUUGCUCUUUUUGACUGACUGGGGGAAGGACUAGAAUAGCACAAGAACUGACUUAUAAAGGUAUUUAUGACUUACUGAUGAGACCAAUGAAGGAACUCCUGACUUAACGAGGGACUGGUCUGCCGACCAAACCGCUGACAUGAGAAGCCCAGGAGAAGAAUUACGACUGACAGUUAAAAAGGAUGAAGCUUACGAUAAAUAUUAAGUGUGACUGACGAUAAAAGAUAUAAGCGUGACUGAUGAAGCUGUAUGACUAAUGAAGAAGCUGUGACUGACUGACUUAAGGGACUGCAAAUGACGAGGGAACUAACUACUCAACGAAUCUGUGGUUGACAAGGUACUGACGAGGAAGAACGAAGAGUCAGAGGGCAAUACAAAAUCAAGACUAAACGGCAUAGAUUUUGACUGAAGUAAACAAAAAAUACGACUCGUCUGGUGCAAUUUUGACUGACUGGAGAUAUGAACUUUGACUGACUGAAACAGGAAUGACUGACUUAAGGGAUAACUUCUGGAUAGAUUAUGACUGACUAAAUAACUGAUUUACAUAUUUUUUAGCCUAUGACCAUCUAAAAAAAUAUUGACUGACGAAAGAAAUCAGGUUUGACUGAAGAAAAUAUGACUGAUCAAGAAAAAAUAACUUUCCAACUGUACCUAUGACUAACUGAAAUAAUUAUGACCUUAAUUAUUUACCGCAUCUCCUCUCUAUCUCACAAAAAAUCAAAGAAACGAAUCCUUGACUGAAUGAAGACACUAUAAACCCAAACUGACUGAUAACUAAUCCCGUGACUUACUGAAAGCAAAGCCAACGUGACUAAGUGAAGACGGUGAGACCAGAGAUUGGAUACUAACUGAACGUUGAACAAAUACACAUAAAGGUGAACCAGACUGAUACUAAUACUAAAAAAAACAUAUUUUAGGUUGUCAAAUAAUAUAAAAAGAUAAAGACGCAAGCAGACUGUAUACUUACGGUGCUCAAACGUGACAGAUAUCGAUGACUGACAAAUCACAAACGGCUUUUGACUAACAGACUGUAUAUCAACUGCCACGCCUGGAUAAAAUAACAUGGAGAAUAUUAAAACGGGAAAACAGAGGACCACAGACUGACAGACACUAGACACUAGACAGAACAGACAGAUACAAACAUUUUGGAUGACUUUAGAAGACCUAUAUAUACACCUUAUUAAAACGACACACUUCAGACAAAGACGAACUUCAGACAUGGCUCUUGAAAAAAACAACGAAAGAUUGUAGACUCUUGGAACAGACGAACUAAGAUUAACUGACUGUUCUGAUUUUACUGAAAGACCUAAGAGAAAUGGAAUUAAUCUGUAAAUAAGGGAAAAACUUCAGCUGUGACUCGGACAGUGACUUCAUGCUGCGGAAGUGACAAUGACAGGAUACUGACAAACUAUAUACCGUUGAAAUGACUGAAGACAUAGAGGCUUUAGACUAUAACAGACUUUCGUAAGACUUUUAGGACCAAAGGUUUACACUGACAUUUGACACGACUUCAGAAUAACAUUGACUCGCUUGACAGGACUUCAGAAUAACACUGACUCUCUUGACAGGACUUCAGAUUGCCAUUGAUAUUUGCCAGAACUUCAGUUUAUCACAGACACAUGACAGGACUAAGGAUUUACACUGACAUUUGACAGAACUAAAGAUCAACUCUGAUAUUUGACAGGACUUCAGAUUAACACUAACUCUUGACAUGACAGACCGACGUGGCGGACGUGAACUGACAAGACGGUGCAGUAUUAACUGACGAGGCAAAUGAUGUUGUGUAGAUGUGAUUCAUUAUACAGGGAACCCAUGAGUCACCGUGACAGACCCCGCUGACUCACCAUAACGAACUCAUGACUCACAUUGAUAGACCCUACAGACUCACGAAAGACCUAAGUGACUCACUAUAAACUCGUGACUCAUGACAAAUCCUACUGAGACGCUAUAAAGAAGCCCUUUUGAUUCACAAUGACAAGCCGUAGAUAAGUCAUUAUGACAGACAUGACUGAAACCAGGACUCGCCGAGGGACAGAUCCGACUGACUCGCUAUAAAGAAUACGUGACUCACCAUGACGGACCUGAUAUGAUUCGUCACAAAGAAAAAGAACACGUGACUCACUGAAACAGACCUUGCAGACUCAUUAUGAAGAACCCAUGACUCAGAUUAAUAAACCUUACUGACUCAUUUAUGCCAAAAAGAGACUGUGGCGAACGGACGUGACUCACCAUGACAGAACCCUAACGUGACUCGCCAUGAAGAACCGAGGACUCGUCAUUGACUCAUUAUAACAUAAAUAAACUCAUGACUCAUCUCAACAGACCCUUACCCUCAGAAUGAAACAAGAAAACGAGGAUAAAGCAUAAAAAAAGAUAAUAAAUAUGUUCAAAGACUUAACGUACGAAUUCGUAGAAAGUCAGAGAAAGAAGGAUAUUCCGCCAUUUUGUUUUUUUGACUGCCUGGCUGAGAGGUUUAAAAAAAAAAGUGCGCGGGAUAAAAAAUAUAUACGUGAAUUGUUUCUGAAUUGGCGUUCAGCCUAAAUGUGAUUCUCAGAUUCAGGAAAUGUUUUAAGAAUAUAUAGAAAAUAUACAUAUGAGGAAGUUUUUUUCUUUAACGUAAGACUUUAUAAGUAUAUAAAAAAGAGGAAGUUUUGUUUUUGUUUUGUUUUUAACUCUAACGUAAGACUUCAUAAGUAUAUAAAUAAAGGACACAGGUAACCCUAACGGAAGGACAGACGAGGAGAGAGAAAACUGGACAAAACUGAACUGGACCGCCAUCUUGGAAAAUAGAAAACGGAAAUUGCAGUGAAAUGUUUAACAAGAACGAUUUUUUUUUAAGUUUACUCAUCACUCAAAGUCAAGAAGUAGGAAACACAGUUGAGAAUCACUUGAGCGGAAUUUUAGUCACCCUAAACUCUAGGAAGCCGCUCUUCUAGAAAUCUUCCAUCAAGCACCGAUUAUAUAUAUUUUAAAAAACAGAACACCCAUCUCGCUUAUUUAUCACGUAGGCAAACUCUUUACCUCGCUGUGCACACAAACAAGUGUUCCUCGCUCUCACGACGCAAAGCACUUAGGCACAGUUGCAUGAAAUAAAGAGUUGCAUCUAGGUUGUGAGACGAAAAAAAAAAAGAGAUUAACAAGAUAAAAGCUAUAUUAUGUAUAUAUAUUCAUUAUUUCGGUUAUGCACUGGAGGUAUAGCCCGUAGGUCGCGUCUGGUAGAAACUCCCGCUGGUUGGAGGGUUGUAUAACGGCUAUUUGGUGGAUAAGGAAUGCUGUGAUUAAUUUUCUUUAAAAAAAUACAAUAAAAGAAAAAGGUAAAAUCUCGCGAAUCGUCAAAAACAUCGCAGUUUCCUAUACCCUUAUUCCGUUCUAUUAUCUACCGGACGCUCCUGUAUGUGACAUGGAUCAAAACGUUUUACAAAUAUCCCCCUCUGAAGGGAUUAGUCGUCAAGGCUCCAUAAGAUCGAAAUUCCAUCGUUCUUCGAAGCGAAAAAUCGUCUCUAUGAUCCCGAUCCCAUAAGGUUGUUAUUGUUUUUUUUUCUUCACCCCGACCGUGUGCUUCCUCUAUGAGCCGCCACGACCUCUCCCUUCAGACAUUCACCCGCCGGAGGUUUCAGUGUUGUUAUUGAAGCUUGUUGAUUGAAUAUUAAAAAAUACACACCUGUAUUUUUUUUCAUAAAUUGUUUUUGCUCCAUAAAAUAUAAAAAACUC